CUCUCGCUCCUUGUCUCCUACCCUCCCUCUUUCUCUAAUUGGCUUGCAUUCCCAUUUCCUCUUUCAAGCGUCAGAGUGCUCACUUUUUCCCAGGCUCCGUAGUCUGGGAUACAAAAGUUUCUCUCUACUGUUUUCGUUUCAAUCUGCUCAGAAACUGUCACUUCUAUGAAGUUCUGAAGAAUUAAUGACUCAAAGAAAUGACACCUCUCCAGUCCUGGGCCCUCUCCCUCCUUCUUGUUUUGCUGGCACACUAUUCAAAUCCACUUGAGGAUAAUAAGAUUCACAGUCUGUGUAUGGGCAGCCCAGGUACCCCUGGUUCUCCAGGGUUGCAUGGCAGGCCAGGACAACCAGGCAGAGAUGGCAGAGAUGGGCGAGAUGCACCACUGGGGGAGAAAGGGCAAAGGGGAGAUCGUGGAGAGCCUGGUGAGCCAGGCGUGAGGGGCCUGACCGGAGACAGAGGUGAUCCAGGAGAGAAAGGUGAGAGGGGACCCUCAGGAGAGUGUGCUGUGGCUCCUAAGUCAGCAUUCAGUGCCAAGUUGUCUGAAUCCCACACCAUGCCAUUAGCAGUAGGGGAUGCAGUGCGCUUUGACAAAAUCAUCUUGAAUGAGCAGGGCGAUUACAACGCAGAGACUGGACGCUUCACAUGCAGGGUGCCAGGUGUUUACUAUUUUGCCGUCCAUGCCACCGUGUACCGCUCCAGCCUACAGUUUGACCUUAUGAAGAAUGGACACGCCAUGGGCUCCUACUUCCAGAUGUUUGGCAACUGGUCCAAGCCAGCCUCAUUGUCAGGAGGCACUCUGCUGCACCUGAUUCCUGGCGAUCAGGUGUGGGUGCAGAUGGCUCUGGGCGAGUAUACAGGCUUUUACUCUAGCCCGAAGACAGACAGCACCUUCAUUGGCUUCCUGGUGUACUCUGAUUGGAAAAACUCUGCUGUUUUUGCUUAGAUUUAAGGUACAUACUACUUCUGGCUUUCACCCAAAAAUGCUCAAAUACUCAAAGCACUACAAAGAUUUUUUUCACAUUUGUAUUUAUUCUUUGUAAGCAAAUUAUAAGUGCUGGAAGAUUUUCAUUCCAUGAUGUGAUACAAACUAGUGUCUUGAAGGUUGUGAGGGAAUCUGCAAAGCAAAACAGAUAUACACACUUGCUAACAAGAACUUACCACUUGCACAGUUUUUUCUUACGCAUUGUAUUGCAACAGUUAUAGACAAACGCCAGUGAUCUUUUUAAUGUCUUUUUCAAAUAGACAAUACACACAGCCUCACAUGGCCAUUAUGUAAUUGUCGGUAAAUAAAGUAUUACAUAAAAGACUGGUAGCUUUUGUGUAUAAUAUUUCUGUCACUGAAAGCAAAAAAUCUGCACAACAAUAUAAACUGAUGCAAAAAUAUCAUUAUUUUGGUUUUACUAUGGAUUCAUUUAUUCUUCUACCAAUUAAAAAAGCAAUAGCAGAGCACCUUUAAAUUCUGACUUAAAUAAAGUUAAUCUUUGAGAUUGAA